AUCAUCAGUUGUAAAAGAAAUUUUGAGUAUUAAGUUUAAUAACUAAAAAGCAAUGAAAGUUGAAAUGGCGAAAUGUGUUUUAAUGCUAGCAUUAAUUGCUGUGUUCGUUACUGCUACGCUUGCAGGAAAGGGAGAAGAUGAUGGCGAUAGUUUUGGGAUGGAAGGGAAAGAUCCAAUGAAAAUGUUUAAGGCAAUGACAGGCAUGAUGAAAAAAAUGAUGAAAGGAGGUUUUGGUCGUGAAGGUGAUAAAGUUCCAGCAACUGGACAUGUUUUGAUAAUCUCCGGAAAAGUAUCGGAAAAUGCUCAAAAGUUUUCAAUUUCUCUUGCCCAUCAGAAAGAGGAAAAUCCUUAUGAAAACUCGGAUGUAGCUUUCAUGUUUGUCUGUGAGUUUGAUCAAGGAAAAAUCGUCCGAAGUUCAAUUGUUAAUGGGAAUCGGAGUGUUGCUGAAAGUACUGAAAAUCUCACAUCAAAUAAAUUACAACCAAUAGAAAGUGGCGGAGAAUUCACAAUUUGCAUUCUUGUCGGUGAUGAUCGAUUCCACGUCAGUAUUGACGACGAAGCAUUUUGUUUCUUCAAAUUUAAAAUGCCAGUGAGUGAGAUUAAAGCAAUCUCAGUAUCAGGAGAUUUAGACAAUGUUUCACAAUUGGACCAUCGCCUCAUCUUUCCAAUGCUUUAUCCGCUCGUUAAUAAAGACGUCCCCGAUAUUGUCUUCAGUUCAUUUAUUCCCAAAGAAUAUAAACCUGGUCACGUGGUUCUUAUCUCUGGCAUCGCAAGCGGCAACCCUGAAGGAGAAUUCGUAAUUAUGUUCAAUGAAAAUGGAAGAAGUCGUCAAUUGAUUCAUUUAAAUCCUCGUUUCGACCAACAAAGUGUUGUUAUGAAUACAAUGCUUGACGAUGAUGAAUCGAGUUGGGCUGAUGCUGAAGUUCAAUCUCAAAUAUUCCCAUUUGAGAUUAAUAAACCAUUCAAAAUUUCUGCGGCUUUCACGGACUCAGAUCUUAAAAUAGCUACAAAUGGACAAUACGUUAUGAGCUUUUCGUUGAAGCAAAUUGAGUUAGGAGAUGACCAAACCAUAUGGGAAAUUCUUACAGGAUUCCAAAUAAAAGCUGGAGAAGAUAUUAAGAUUCAAAUCACCCAAGUUGAGCAUGUGGAAACAGAAGAUAAAGAUUGCCAAGGCUUUGAAAGCUGUUCAGUUCCUAACAUUUAUUGAAAUAAAAAACGUCUGUAAGUGUGGCUUUGGGAAUCUGUUGGUAAAAAAUUUCAGACACUUCCCAUAUAGCAGAAAAAUGUGUUAUGAAAACCUUUAAAGCUAAUCCCAUGGGAAAAGUUUUCCCAUAAAUUUAGAAGCUUUGUUAUUGUAGUGAAUGAAAAAUUGUAGCUCAUGGCGGUUAAAAGUAAACUCGGGCUUAGAUUCUAAAACUGUUUGUUUCUUCUUCUGUUAGAUAAUCAUUACAUAACUUCUUAACCACCCCACUUUCCCCAAAGGAGAAUUUUCCACACACAAAAAGCUUCCAUCAGAAAUUCAAGAAAAAGAAAGAAAUGUUGAAUAAAAUGUUAGAAAUUAUGGAA